UGUAACCUCCUACCAGGCAAGCAGUAUUUUUUUUAAACAGCAACUCCACACACCACAUGUACUCUUAGCUGGGAGAACACAGGAUUGGCAGGUCACCAACAAAGUGUGUUUAUUAUCCUUAACCUGGAAAACAGCUUUGACAUCAGGGAUCAUGGUAUUGUGGAUCUUCAGAUCGGGAAGUUGCCUGGGACCUAAAGUAUAUUCUGAGGUACCAGAUGGUGACUGGGGUUGGAUUGUGGCUGUGGCCUUUUUUCUUGUUGAGGUCUUCACGUAUGGAGUCAUUAAAAGCUUUGGCAUAUUCCUCAAUGAUCUGAUGUGUGAGUUUAAUGAAACCAACAGUCGAGUUUCAUGGAUAGUCUCAAUAUGUGUGUUUGUAAUGGCUUUUACAGCACCACUGUCAACUAUACUGAGCAACAGAUUUGGCUGCCAGCCUGUUGUGAUCCUUGGCGGAUUCAUAAUUUGCUUGGGAACAACAUGUACUGCAUUCACCAGCUGCAUGAAUCAGAUUUACAUCACAAUUGGGAUAGUUUCAGGUCUCGGUUACUGUUUGACAUUUCUCCCGACUGUCACCAUCUUGUCCCAAUACUUCAGUAGACGUCGGUCCCUGGUCACUGCCAUGGCCUCGACAGGAGAAUCAUUUGCCAUAUUUGCUUUUGCACCAGCAUUUACAGCACUUAAAACACAUAUUGGAUGGAGAUACACAAUGGUGGUGCUUGGAAUGUUACAGGGUACCAUCCUUGUCUGUGGACUUCUGCUUUGCCCCAUCAUAAUCAAGCCAAAGACUACAGAAAGUUUUACCAAACCACUGAGAAAGCAGGAGCUCAAUAACUCUCUCCCUGAUAUGGAACUCAGUGGCUCAAUGAGCUCCAGAGACUCAGGGGUGCAGUCAUUCAAGGAUUUGGAACAGGGUCUCCAAAUGGGGGGACAGCAAAAAGACGGUGAUGCGUUUCAGACUCCUCAAUGUCAACAGGAUACAACAAGGCUGUGCAUAAACAAACUCAUGGACCUUUCUGUGUUAAAGGAAGGAAGCUUCUUAUGUUAUGCUGGAUUUGGUCUUUUUGCAACACUUGGCUUCUUUGCCCCACAACUAUAUAUUGUGGAGCUCAGUGUGAGUAUGGGGACUGAAAGGGACAAGGCAGCCUACAUGCUGUCAAUAAUGGCAGUGGCCGAGAUCUUUGGACGACUCGCCAUUGGCUGGAUCCUGAGCUGUGGACGCAUUAGGAAGAUAUUUGUCCUACUUGGAUGCGUGUUGCUGAUAUGUCUUGUAUUAGUGCUCUUCACAGUGGUAAAGGGCUUCUGGGGCCUGGCCGUCUGCUGCGCCUUGUAUGGCUUCCUGUUAGGCAAUAUUGCAUCCACACACAUCCCCAUGCUGGCUGAGGAUGACAUAGUGGGAAUCAACAGAAUGCCCUUAGCUGUAGGUGUCUACGUAUGUAUCCAGAGCUUUGCCGGACUUGCUGGGCCACCUUUAGGAGGUCUUUUGGUGGACAUCACACAGAACUACAGCUCUGCCUUUUACUCCUGUGCUGCUGGUACAGGGAUAGGUGCACUCUUUCUAGGGCUGGUACGUCCAGCAAAGACAUGUUUUCUGUGUACUAAGAGAUCUCAGCACUUGCCAAAACAGCCUUGACUUGGA